AUGACCGUUCAACGCACACUAUCCCAUGCCAGUUCUAUGGAGAAGCAAUCUGCAACCCAUGUCGAAGGGCAGACGGUAGACGAUGAGUACCUCAUUCUCUUUCCCCUCUUGGCCAACAAAAGCCUCGAAGAUCGUCAGCGUAUCGAGAAACAGCUCAAGCGCAAACUGGACUGGGUUUUCCUGCCGGUUGUUACCCUCAUGUUACUGAUGGGCUACCUCGAUCGCAUCAACGUGGCCAAUGCUCGGCUGGCAGGUAUGCAGGACGACUUGCACAUGUCUGACACUAUGUGGUCUGCUGGAAUCUCGCUCUUCUACGUUGGUUAUAUCGUCACCCAACUUCCUGCUACUGUGUACCUCGCCAAAGGGCUGCCGCGAUGGCAGAUGCCAGCUUAUGUCGUGGCAUGGUCUAUCAUAACGGCCUGUAUGGCUGCGAUGACUAGUGGAUGGUCCUUCUUGGUAUGCCGCUUUAUGGUAGGAGUGGCUGAGGGCCCUUUUCUUCCUAUGGUCAGCUUGAUGACUUCCUCGUGGUACACCAAGGAGGAGGCACCUUUGAGAAUGGCCAUCUGGCAUGCUGGUAACAUUGCUUCCAACAUCUUUUCCGGGCUCCUUGCUGCCGGUGUCUUGGAGAAUAUGAAUGGCGUUGCCGGUAUGCGUGCUUGGCAGUGGUUCGUUAUCAUCGAGGGCGUUGUUGGGCUGUUCGUCGCUGUCAUGGGACUGUGGUGCAUCCCAAACUUCCCCCACAAUACAGGCACAUACUUCAUGACACCCGAGAUGUCAGAGAUGGCCCAGUAUCGCAUGAUGGUGUCAGCAGGUGGACGAUCCGAGGACGACGAAGGUGGUGCCUGGGAAGGUGUGAAGCUCGCAUGCCAGGACCCGUUCACAUGGAUCUACACUGUUCUUCACUUUGGUCUUAUCGUUGCCCUUUCGUUCAAAGACUUCUUUCCAUCGAUUGUGAAAACUCUGGGAUACUCGAACCUCAUGACGUAUCUCAUCCAAGCUCCGCCGUACAUUUUCGCUUACAUCGCCACCUGUGCAAUCUCUUGGUCGUCGGGAAAACACAUGGAGCACUGCUGGCAUAUCAUUGGUAGCACAGUCGCAUGCAUCGUCGGCGUCAUCAUCAUGAUCUCGACUCUGAACCCAGGUGCCCGGUACUUUGGCAUGUUUCUCUUGUGUGCUGGACCAUUUGUUGGCCUGAAUGUUCACAUCCCUUGGGAAACAACCAACGUCGCUCGCCCUCGCACAAAGCGUGGCGCUCUGGUUGCCAUUACCAACUGCAUCGCAUCAGUCUCCCACUGGUUCACACCAUACUUCUUUCUUCGCUCGCAGGAACCUCGCUACCAGAAUGGUGGAAUUUUGAUCAUUGCAGGAUGUGUUUUGGGCAUUGUCGGUUGCCUGAUUUGCAAGUGGUAUGUCAAGAAGCUCAACAAGAAGAUGGAGGAACACGAAGCGGCCAACAACCUGCCAAAGAGAUGGCGGUACGUUGAGUAG